GGCGGGCUUCAUAGUUUCGGCAUUAAUGAUAUACCUUUCGCGGCUCUAAAAGAGGGAUUUUUUUCUCUGGUUCGCACAAGCACAGGCGACGGCGCUUUUGCAUUCAAGCUCCUUCAGCCUCUCUCUGGGUCCUCGAAUCCAGACUGCCGCGAGACCUCGCCGGACCCGACGCCUUCGACUUCCUGCCCUGUUAGAGGCCGAUUUGCUCCCUGUUUCUGUAGGCUUUGUUGAUCGUUGAUAACCAUGAUGAACAAAAAGCGGAGCAUUGGGCGUCAGAAGAUAGAGAUAAAGCCUAUAAAGAAAGAGGAGGCGAGACAAGUCUGCUUCUCCAAACGCCGCAACGGGCUCUUCAAGAAAGCCAGCGAGCUCUCCACUCUAUGCGGUGCAGAGAUAUGCAUCGUUGUCUUCUCCCCCGCCGGAAAAGCCUUCUCUUUUGGCCAUCCAUCGGUUGCCGCCGUCGCCCACCGCUUCCUCGCCGACGAGCCGCCGUUGCCCUCAUUAUGCGAGCCAUUCGUUGCGGCCGCAGCGAUUAAGCUGAACGAGGAUUACGCGCAGCUGAACGCUUUUCUGGAGAAGGAGAAGAUGAGGCGCGCUGCGCUCGAUGAGGCCUUGACGGCGCCACAACUUGGUGCCGAUAAGCCUUUCUGGCGGAACGGGGAGGUUGAGUCGAUGGGGUUGGAAGAGCUGGAGGAGCUGCGCGGUCAGUUGAUGCAACUGAGAAGCGCUGUUGCCGAGCGAGCUAAUCAAUUGCUAGCAAUGCAGCAAGCCUACCAAUGUCUGCUUCCGCAGUCUUCGGGCAACAACAGCUUUGGUGAUAAGCGCUUAUUACUGGCUUCUCCCUCUGGAUUUGAAAAUCGCUUUGGAUACAGCGUUGAUGGCUUGACGUUCUGCAGCUUCAAGACUGAGAUGAAGCCGGACAUUUAUGUGCAACUGCCGUCUUCCUCUCUUCAGCCCUUUGCAUCUGCGCGCUAUGGUGUUGAUCAUUAUGGGCCGCCGUAUUAUGUAGCCGGACCGCCAUAUUCACCGCUAGCAUGAUGAAAGCUUUGAUCAGAUUAGUAGGGAACUCAGAACUGUUAGUUUUCGCAUCAUGGAAUAUUACCAAAUUAGUUCAUACCCCCUAUUCUUCUACCAUUA